AUGGAGGAGUUUGACUUCGAUGCGAUAUUGGCCGACACGCCAUACAAGACCUUGUAUUCCUGCAUUGAUUCUUUCCCGCAUUCUGACCUACCUGCCGAGCUCACAACAUUUUCCCGCCAAAACCCGAGCACCACCACGCUUUCUCCCCUCCUCUAUCACUGCCUGGAAAAAAGCAAGCUGCCCCCGUUCCAUGAGUUGCUGAGAUUGGGCGUAAAGCCGGACGAGCACACUGUUUAUGCUGCCGCUUGCAAUGAAGACGAAAGAUUCCUGAUUGCACUCCUGGAUUACGGCUGGCCUGUCGACCAUUCCCUUCGACGAGGACAAAUUUCCUCCUUGCUCUGCCUUGUGGCAGACCGCCCCCCACUUUUUCAAGAGCUCUUAAAGCGUGGCGCCAGUUUGAAUGUCAUAUCGACAGUAGGCGACACACCGCUAUCUGCUGCUGUCCAGGCAGGCUCUGUCGACCUGGUCAGGAAGUGUUUGGAAGCAGGCGCUGAUCCCAGUCUUGGCGAUCCCCUACAUGACGCUGUAGGUCGUAGUUCCGACGAGGUCGAAAUCAUCCGUUUGCUCUGUUCCUAUAAUGCCCCAGUGGACACCAUCCAGUUCCAGCAUCCAAGCGCGCGCAUACUAAGACACUGUUUUGUCAGAGGAACGCCCUUGCAUGAAGCAUGCCGGCUUGGCAAGAUCGAAGUGGUGAAGGAACUUUUGAGACAAGGUGCAAACCCGAACAGUACUCGCAUGUGCUAUUCGGACAUAGAACCCACGACUCCUAUCGACAUUGCUAGAGAAGAAGGACAUGGACACAUUGUCGCGCUUCUCACUUCUGUCGAGAGGAGCGUUCGUCUUUGA